AUGGACAGACGGCCGCCCGCCGUGCAGGCGAAGGACGUGCAGACCCUGUGCCCCGCGCUCGAGCUGAGCGAGGAGGCGGCUCGCGCGCUAGGUGGAAAGCUCGAAGGCCUGCUCAGGGCUGUCAUCAAGGACUGCGCGGCGCUGGCGCGCCACUCGCGACGGGUGAGGGUCACCACGGAGGACGUUCGCCACGCUCUGCAGGCGCGCGGGUGCGAGCAUAUCUACGGAGCUGCAAGGUUCCAAGAUCAGGAGCUUCUUGUGGCACAGGACACUCGUGGAGUCUUAUUUGCAAAGGAUCCAGAGCUCAAAGUUGAUGAGAUCGACAGCACCAGCUUCGACAGUGCUCCAACAGAGGACAUAGUGCACAUGCACUGGCUGGCCAUCGAUGGGGUGCAGCCAGUGGUGCCAGAGAACAAGCCAGCUGAGGCACACAAAACGAAGAGGCGGAAACAGGGCCACACAGAUGCAGACAUACGGCCAGCAAAGAGGAGAAAAGGCAACAGCGAUGGCAAGUCAGUUGGCUUCAAAAUUCGGCAGCCUGUGGUGCACAACCUCACUAAGGAGCAGCAGGAAUAUUUGAAGAAGAUCCAGUCUGUGGUUGCUUCCAUUGCCAAUGCUGACUCUGAGCAGCUGAAGGAGUCAACAGAAAAUGGUGGCAAAGUCCUUGAAGGCCUUUCAAAGGAUGCAGCCCUCCAACCUUUGGUGCCAUACUUGGUGGGCUUCAUGAGCCAACAGCUCCAAGCCAGCCUGCAGGGUGUAGCAGAGCGUGGCCCACCCAUCCUGUGCAUCCUCAGUGCUAUAGAGGCCCUCCUCAAAAACCCCUUCAUCGACUUGCAUCGAUACGCCAGCAAUGUGAUGGCCCUUCUAUUGACAUGCCAAACUUGCCGGAGCAUUGGAUCAAUAGCCUUGCCGAGUCAUGAACGGGUCCGGCACAAGGCUGGGGCUGUGCUGGCGGUAGCUGUCGACAGAUUCCGAGGGGUCAGGGAGAGCGUCACAAAAGAAUUAAUUAAAGCGGUUGCUGGAGACAAGCCUUUGGCAGUGCAAUAUGGGGCAAUUGUUGGACUGUCUUGCCUCGACCUCAGCACCUGGGCAAGGGUUGUCCCCGACUUGGCGAAGGCGGCCAAGAGGUUGAAGGGCAUCGUAGACCAGGCUGGUCACAAGGACGCGGACCGUGGACUGGCAGCGAAGUGCUUGGAACACCUCGAGGGGCUGCUGCGAUCGAACAGCGUCAAGUCGGACACCUUCCGGGCCGCAAUGUCUGAAUCCAUGCCGGAGCUCGCCUCCACUGCAGAUGGACAGCAGAAUGGUCAUUCCACAUCGUGA